GAAAGUAUUCUCUCGGAUGUCAGUCCUUCCUGGUCCUUCCAUCCGAAUGGAUGAGAAUAAGUAAUAUAUCUCUUAAGUCAUUUUGUUUGUGUGUGUGGAUCGACGCGUGCAAGCUGCAUUCUUUGCUUUUCAUAUCGCACUACGAAAAAUUCCACCCCUUCAAAUAUCGCGUUUAAAGGAACCGAUAUUAUUAUUAUAUAUGAGCUCUUGACUUCUUGAUAACUUAUUUUGGUUAUCACUAUUGCUGUCUUAUACCUGAACGCCACUCCCCCUUUUGGACUGCUCAUGUCAUCGCAAGCACUUAUAAACCGAUGGCUACCUCAAUUAUAGCGAAGGCGUUCACCGCCUCGCUCUUAAUCACCACAGGUCUUGCCUUGCCCCAAGAGACACUCAAAUGGAAUUCCUUCCGAGAGAGAGAUUCUAGCUCUAAUCUUAUACAGCCAGUAUAUCAGUCUUUCCCUCUUGGUACAAUCAAACCUAGGGGAUGGUUCCAAGACCAGCUGACGCUGGAGGCCGAUGGGCUUGCGGGCAACUUGUUUGACUUUUACCGCUUUGUUCACGACUCAAUGUGGAUUGGUGGUUCGUCAGAGUACUCCGUUCUUCAUGAAUCCUCGCCAUAUUGGUUCAAUAGCAUCGUGCCUCUCGCUUUUGGGUUAGAUGACCCAAGACUUAAGGCACAAGUCUAUUCAUAUAUGGAUUAUGUCCUUGACCACCAACAGGACGAUGGUUGGCUGGGGCCUGAGACGACUCCAGAAACUCGAGGCCUAUGGGCGCGUUGCUAUUUCCUAGUAGGAUUGAUGCAAUACGCUCAAGCGGACCCUACGCAAACUGACAGAAUUGUGGAUGCUAUGCACCGAUACAUCCAGAUUGCCAACAGUAUGCUGAAAGAUGGCUUUGCCGGUCUCAUUGAGAAAGAGGGCCAAGAUUACGAUGGAGAUGGGUUCGGCGCCAUGAGAGCUCACGAGAUGCACAUUCCAUUGCAGUGGCUAUAUGAGAACCACCCCAGAAAUAACUCACAACUUAUCUGGGAAACCAUGGAGCUCAUGAUAGAAGGAAGCGUAGCAGCCAAUAGCGACUGGAGAACGUACUGGGUAAAGGGGGUAUACCCAGAGGUCACGUACACUCCCAGAAGCGAGCCUUUCAAAGAUCUUUUUAACCAUGGUGUAAACAUGGCAGAAGGUCUACGAUACCCACUUGCGAUAUACCGGAUGACACACGAUGAGGCGCUGAAAACGCAGACUAGAACGGCGGUGGACCUGCUAUCGCAAUAUCACAAGUCUUUAGCCGGGACGAUUAUCGGGGAUGAAUUCAUAACAGACCUCAACCCGAUAAGAGGCGCCGAAUUAUGCACUGCUGCAGAGAUGACAUUCUCUAUGGCCUAUAUCCAUCAGUACCUUGGCGAUAACGAUUUGGCAGACUGGGCAGAACAGGUGGCAUUCAAUGCUGUACCCGGUUCUAUCUUCCCGGAUUGGUGGUCGCAUCAAUAUGUGCAACAAGAGAAUCAGCCCUGGUCACGUAAUCUAGCAGUAGCUCCUGACAUGUGGGUAAAUGUUGGAUCUCAGGGCAAUGUAUUUGGAUUAGAGCCCAACUACCCUUGCUGCACUGUUAAUCACGGUCAAGCAUAUCCGAAGUUUCUAGCGAAUUCCUUUACUCAAACUCAAGAUGGGGGAAUCGCUCAUGUCUUGCUUAUCCCCGGAAGCAUCAGCACUUCUCUGAAUAACAACCUAGUGUCCAUCCAAGCCGAUACCAUGUAUCCUUUUGGAAUGACCUUGAAAUAUACCAUUACAUCAGCGACCGAUUUCUCGUUCUAUGUCCGAAUUCCUGGUUGGGCAGACCAAUCGAGUACUGUCAUAGGACCUGAUGGCCAAACUAGCAAGGUUUCGCCAUCGGAUCAGGGGCUUCAGAAAUUCUCGGUUCGCAAAGGUCUCAGCUUUGUUACUGUUAAUCUUAAUACAGAACCGCGCGUGGUCACGAGAGCCAACAAUACGGCCGCCAUUUACUACGGCCCACUACUGUACUCUCUCCAUAUCGAUUCUAAUGUGUCAGCCAUACCACCAGUUGCGUUUAGUGGUGACGCAAUUCCAAGCACCAGCACUACUUCUCAUACGCACGAUCAUGUCAUCGAGCCUGAAAGUAUUUGGAACAUCGCGAUCGACCCUUCGCAGAUUAGGGUGGCACAGGCAGAUGUGUCAACCCUAGCAAAUCCCAUCUGGGACCUUAAUGCACCACCACUCGAGCUUCGCGUAGCAGCCGUCGAGAUCGACUGGCCUUUGGAGUAUGACACGGCAGCAGAUCCGCCUCUUGAGCCGAAGAUUACCGGGAAGCCUUUUAGCGCACGCUUUGUACCUUUUGGAAGCGCUAAGAUACAUAUGGCGCAUCUACCUGUUGUUCAGAUGGCGAAGGUAGACCUGUCGGAUUGAUAGAAUCAUCGUGUACAUUGACGAAUGGACGGAUAUAACGCAUAGAUGAUUAUAGAGCAUACGAACCUUAGAGUACUGUUCUUGUAAUCACUAAGAUAAAGCAUAAUUCAAACCUUUCUUCUUCAACCGCUGAUUAUCUGCGUUAGAUACUAUGGGAACGAGCUUCGUUUUAGCAUUUAAGCUUAUGCGCAACGUCCUGGGGUAGUUUAACUUUUAAAAGGGGUAGAGUCUUGGCCAUAGCAAAAAUAGGGGUCCUGGUUUCUAUCCACUACGCUCCGAUAUCGAAAAGGGGAUCAAGCGUACAUAAUACAUCAGAUGACAGCAAAGUUAAUUGCAAACGGAAUGGAUUGAAUGA